UACACAUUCAUAUAGACUCUGUUGUAGUACAUCUCUUCCAGUGAUAGACAAUUGGGAAAGGUAUUUUGGACUGUAGGGUGUUUGUUAUGGGUGGCAAAGGAGAGAGCCCUGCAAUAGGUAUCGAUCUGGGGACGACGUACUCAUGCGUGGGAGUGUGGCAAAAUGAUCGUGUAGAGAUAAUACCCAAUGACCAAGGAAACAGAAUGACACCUUCGUAUGUUGCCUUUAAUGACAAAGAACGAUUGAUAGGUGAUGCUGCCAAGAACCAAGUCGCCAGAAACCCUACCAACUCCAUCUUUGAUGCAAAGCGGUUGAUUGGCAGGAGAUUCAGUGAUCCCUUGGUUCAGAAAGAUAUCAAACAUUGGCCAUUCAAGGUCAUUGAAGGUCCUGGUAAUAAGCCUCUGAUCAUGGUGAACUAUAAGGGCGAAGAGAAAAUCUUUGUUGCCGAAGAAAUCUCGUCUAUGGUCCUAACAAAGAUGCGUGAGAUUGCUGAGGCGUACCUAGACACAACUGUGAAUAAAGCGGUUAUCACUGUCCCUGCCUACUUCAAUGACGCUCAGCGUAAGGCCACAAAGGAUGCUGGAAGCAUUGCAGGCCUGGAUGUCCUGCGUAUAAUCAAUGAACCAACUGCUGCAGCCAUUGCUUAUGGUCUUGACAAGAUGGCAGGUAGGGUUGGCAGGAGAAAUGUGUUGAUUUUUGAUGUGGGUGGUGGUACUGCUGAUGUCUCACUACUUACCAUUGAAGAGGGUGUCUUUGAAGUGAAGGCUGUUUCUGGAGACACACAUCUUGGAGGUGAGGACUUUGAUGACAGAAUGGUAAAGCAUUUUGUUGAAAUAUUUAAGAGGCAGCAUAAGGUGGACAUUAGUGGAGACUCUAGAGCUCUUAGGAGGUUGAGAACUUAUUGUGAGAAAGCAAAGAGGAUUCUUUCUUCUGCAAUUGAGACUACCAUUGAAGUUGAUUGUUUAUAUGGUGGUAUUGAUUUCUUUUCAACUAUUAAUUGUGCCAAAUUUGCGGAACUCAACAUUGAUUUGUUCAGGAAGUGUAUCGAGCCUGUGAAAAAAUGUUUGGCUGAUGCUAAGAUGGAGAAGAGUUUAGUUGAUGAUGUUGUUCUUACGGGUGGCUCUUCCAGAAUUCCCAAGUUGCAGCAGUUGUUGCAGGACUUCUUUGAUGGGAAGGAGCUCUGCAAGAGCAUUAAUCCGGAUGAGGCUGUGGCUUAUGGAGCCGCUGUUCAAGCUGCAAUCUUGACCGGAACGGGUAAUGAGAAAAUUCAAGAGAUAACACUCUUAGAUGUCACCCCUCUGUCCCUCGGUGUAGAGCUUGAUGGAUUAGAGAUGUCUGUUUUGAUUCCAAGGAAUACUGCAAUUCCCACCAAGAAGGAGAGAGACUACACCACUGUCUUUGACAACCAGACUUCUAUAUGGUUCCAAAUUUACGAGGGUGAGAGAGCAAGAUCUUGUGAUAACAACUUGUUGGGAGAAAUUACGAUUCCAGUUACUCCAGCACACAGGGGUGCUGCUUAUGUAAUAGUUUGUUUUGAAAUUGACAUCAAUGGUAUCUUGAAUGUUUCAGCUAAGGAUAUGAUCACUGGUGUGACAAGGAAGGUCACUAUUACCAAUGAAAAGUCAAGACUGUCCAAAGAAGAGAUUGAGAGGAUGGUCUGUGAUGCAAAGACAUAUAUGGAUGAAGAUGAUGAGCACAGGAAGAAGGUUAAGGCUAAGUUAGAUUUGGAUAACUAUGCCUAUGACAUGAGAAAUGCUAUCAAUGACAAGAUGAUUGGCACCUUGCUUGACCCUGAAGUUCAGAAAAAGAUUAAAGAUGCUGUUGAACAUGCGAUUCAAUGGUCAUUAGAUGACAUCCGGGUUGUGGAUUUAAAACAAUAUCAAGACAAGCUGAAUUGGCUCGAGAGAAUCUGCAAUCCCAUUAGAGAUUGUAGGCAACUACUCUAAAUUUGAGUCACCAGUGUUCCUAUUUUGACUAAAUUGUGUCUAAAACCUUUUGUUCUAGUGUUUUCUUUCUAGUUAUUUGGCCUUGUUCAGCAACGGUUGGAAAUUUUGAAAACGUCUACGGUCAAAUGAUAAGGAUUAAGAUUCAAGCCUUCAACCCAUAGCUUGGUCAUUGAAUUAUCUGUUUCAUCAUACAGCAUUACAGCUACGCAAUUGAAUUUGUAAGGUUUUAAUAGGAAAAAAUGAAAAUGAAACUGGGUAAAGUAGGGAGCUACUAACUAGAAAAGCCCAAUUGAAGUAAAAUAAUUACACCAACCAUUUUUUCGCCUUGUUCAGUGAGCAAAAUCCAGCCACAAAGCAACCCAAACACACACAACAUUGGCCCUCUGACACAGUUUAGAAAAUAGUAAUUCCUGUAGCGUGUUGUAGCCAAUGUGGUAAGAGAGAACUUUCCUUGACUGCAUUUGGAGCUUGGAUUUUGUGACAGGAGUAGAGAAUGUGAUACAAUAAUUCUCUUGAUAGACUAUAGCCUCCAAAUUCCAAUCAUGGUGGUGGCAACCAAGUUUCCAAGUCUAGAAUUUUACAAGCAUAUUGUGCAACCUUAUGGGCAGCCUUGUUACACAUUCGACUGGUAAGUUAAAG